UUAAAACAAAUGUUCAAGGCACAGAAACAAUUAGGUUUUCAGUCGUCGCUUCCUGACCAUGUUUAACUGUUCUGCGAAACUUGCGUCGGGUAUUUCAGAGUUUGGACUUUUGUAACUGUAUUUAGUCCAGCCAGUAAUUUUGUUUUGCAAUAAAAAACAAAAAUGGGUUUGUCACAGGCUUAUUUCAAUAAAAAAAAGAUCUGUUUCACUGAAUCUCGGACGGUUUACAGUUUCUAUGGUUUACAGUAUUUUGAAGAAACCAGACCAAGCCUAAAAUGAUGUCAAUUCGGAACGAACUCAUUUCUUAAAUCAGCAUGGCGUCUGUGUACAGUGUUAGUGCGUUGUUGUCAAUUUUAGUUUCAAUAUUUGAGUUUUGAAGCAAUUUAAUAUGUUAUUUACAAAAUUUUCAUGCAAUUAAGUUAGUAUUUUAUUGAUAAUUCGAUAAAGCACAUUUUUAUGUGACUGGGAAUCUUCAAUUGCAUCCUAUAAACUUCCUAUUUUCUGGGAAAAUUAUGACCUUGAAACGUCGUGUCAACGUAAUAUAAGUAAUAGAAUCAGCGGCGGGUCAUUUGAAUAGUUUGCUUUCUACUAAAGUAAAUAUUUGUUUACAAUGGAAAAUAAGGCUCAAAGAGAAACUUUGGAGAAUAUAGUUAUAGGAGAUGGUACUACAACACCACAAUAUAUGAUACAAAGGGUUCCCGAGAACGCACAGCUUUUAAGUUCAGCAGAUUUGCUUCAACAACAACAUGGAUUGGUAGUAGACUUGGGUGGUAAUGAUUUUAUACCAGUGAGUUAUUCUUCUGAAGAUUUGCUUUCUCAAGAUUUAACUGAAGAAGACAGAAAUUUAGCAGCAGCAUUGGUAGCUGUCCAGCUUAGUCAGCAACAAAAACAACAACAAUUGCAAGAUGCUACUUUGCCAUCCCUUGUUGCAGCUUCCAGUUUAGGAACUAAGAUUCUGGAAGAACCCCAAUUGAUAAUAAGUAGUGAAAAAUCUGGUGGAACCAGCUUCUUAAGAAUUGUUAAUUCUGAUAAUAUUUAUGUAGAGCAGCAACCCCUUCCAAAAUUAGUUGAUACUGUUAGGUUUACAACUGUAAACCAAACAUUUCAAGAAGAAGAAAUUGAAAAAUCAUCUCUAAAGAAGGAAGAAGAAAAAUCUGCAGAUUCUGAUAGAGAAUCUCUAAGAAAUGAACCAAGAACUUCAAAGAAGAGUCUACCCCAUAAAAAGCGCAUUUCCCGAAAACUUAAAAAGAAUUCCGUUUCUGCUGCCAAAAAAAUAGUUUGCAACUUGUGUGAACAAUCAUUUACCUCAAACGAUGAGUUUGCCCAGCAUGAGCUUCUGUGUCAAACCACCAUCACACCUGUUAAUCAAGCUAACUCUUUCCACUGUCAAAUUUGUAAUGAACCAUUUACUGAACAGCUUAAGUUUUUUGAACACUUGAAGAAACAUUAUGAACCUGGUGGAGGUGGCCUUCCUACGGCACCACCUCCUAAGGAGCCUACUGACAAAAAAGCAAUCCAUCAGGAAAAAGCUGAACCAGUUGAACCUGAGAGACAAGACAGUUUGCUUUCUAGUCUCCUUAAUUUAACUUGCAUAGAGUGUAACAAGACCUUUAGAAGACAAAAAACGUUUGAAGCUCACAUGAGAGAUAUCCACACUAGUAAAAAUGAACCUCUGGAUGAAUUUAGUGAACCUGAGGAUCUUAUGGAUGGCAUUACUAUGGUAGUGGACACAAAUGAACCUCAUGAAGAUGAAGAUGACUCAAAAGCUUGGUACCGUGAAGAAGAGAUUCAUCAGACUGAAGAAGAUUUAAAGGAACUUGAAUCUGGUGGCAAUGACCAUAUUUGUCAUUUCUGCAAUCAACCGUUUCCACUCAGAGCCAUUCUACUUCAACAUUUGGUCACUUGUAGGGCUACAACUGGAAAUACAGAAUCUGCGCCACUAGCGGUUGUUAAGAAAAUUAACAAAAAGAACAAGAAAAAAGCAUCACACGAAUGUACCGAGUGUGACAGAGUUUUUACUCACAAAAAUUCUUUAGUUUAUCACAUGCGAAGCCACUCGGGAAUACGUCCCCACCAAUGUGACCAAUGUGGAAAGAGUUUCUUCGCUUCCAGCGCCCUAAAGGUCCAUUUGCGGCUUCAUUCUGGUGACAAGCCAUACAGUUGUGAACAUUGUGGUAAAAGGUUCAGACAGUGGGGAGAUCUCAAGUAUCAUAUAACGUCCUUACAUUCAGCAGAAAAGAACUUCCAAUGCGAGUAUUGUGGCAAAGAAUUUGCAAGAAAGUAUUCUUUGGUUGUUCAUAGGAGAAUUCAUACAGGCGAGCGUAACUAUAAAUGCGAAUUCUGUGGAAAAUCUUUUCGAGCCUCAUCUUACCUACAGAACCAUCGCAAGAUUCACACAGGCGAGAAGCCUCACAUGUGCGGCGUGUGCGGAAAGCCGUUCCGUGUAAGAUCCGAUAUGAAAAGACAUCAGAAAACUCAUUCGAAGGGACCGACGGCCACUGCCAAGUCCGUGCGCACCCUCUCCAAAGUUGAAAAAGUGGAAAUAGUUGAGGAAGAAGAGGAGUUGAGUAGUGAGCUGCAUAUUGAAGAUGAAGAAGCUGCUGGGCAGCUAUUGACAGAGUAUACUCAAGAAGAAUUGGACGAUGAUGAGAGAACAGUUAGGGUGCCCACAAAUCGAAAUUUGUAUAUCAAUGGCCAUGAGCUGUUUCUUGUAACGUACCCCAAUGAAAUAAGAGCGGGAGAACCCCAAACAUCUACAGCUGCCUGGGUACAUGCACCUAAUGCUUAAGUUAUUUGGUAGUGUAAUUUUUCAUAAGUAUGUAAUUUUAAAUAAGAAAAAGAAUAUAUACACAGUAUGUAGUUUAUUAUGUACCAGAUAGAAUACAAGAAGCAAUGCUAGUAAUUGUAUAUAUUUUCUUCAUUUUGACACUUCUUAUUAUUUUAGGAAUAAAUGAGAUACUAGAUUGUGUAUUGUGUUUUUAUUGUAAAAAUAGUACUAUAAAAAAAUAUUUUCACUGGUGACCAAAUGGAAUUUGUACACGUCCGCCUCUUUCAUUUACAAUGUUCCAACAAGAGCAAGUUAACGUUUUGGGCUCCAUAAUGUCUGUAUAUAAUUUUCCAUUAAGAUGAUCUAUUUCAUGUUGAAGAAUUCUUGCCCACCAACCUUGGGCUAUUAGUGAAAUAGGCUUUCCUUCCUCUGUUAAACCU